AUGACAUCGCCCUCAUCGGUCGGUACCCGCUUUGAAGAUCAUGAUCCGGACUGGCAGUAUGGCCCUCGCGCCAAAAGACGCAAGCGUGCCUCGAUAUUGGGCACAUCGAGGCCGUCGCCGCGUGAGAUAGGCUUCAUGAGAGAGUCUCAAAAUGACGGAUCCGCCAGCUUUCUUGGGAGCUCCAGUGGUAUUCACUUCAUUCGCCAUGUCUAUAAUGUAUUUGCUCGUCGCUCGGCAGAUCUUCAGCAGACCAGAGCGCGAGACAAGAGCUCAGUACCGGGGGAGGAUGAUCGCUUACAGCGAGGCACUCUAGACACCGAUAUGCUAUGGUCAACGGAUGAACUGGAUUUUUCGCAAAACCCAACAUAUGCUUUUGAAGAUCUGGUCAAUUGGACCCGGCCCUAUUUUGAGAAUUGGCAUCCGAUCUUCCCAUGUCUUCACGCCCCAACGGUGCUCAAAGCUAUGGAAAAGCUCAGCCAACACGGCCCAUCUGCGAUCAAUCGACUAGAUAUGACUACUAUUCGCUCGAUUAUAUCGAUAUCCCUCGAAGAUAGCCGGCAAAUUGAAAACCCGGUAUCGAAACUAGGCCCUGUGCCUGCGUCAUUGGUUUUCUCCACUGUACAACAUGUUAUGCAAGAUAUUCAAAGUAUUUUUGCGGAGCCCACAACCCUUCCUUUGCUCCAGUCUGCAUUUUUGGCCCAACUUGCACUCACAUCGUUACUACGACUGAAUGCCGCCUCUCGAGUGGGCGGAGUCAUCACUAGAACUGCCUUCCACCUCGGAUUGCAUCGUUGCCCUGGCCGUUUCUCUGUUUUCACCAGUGAAGAGGUGGGCAUUCGAAGGCGGCUCUUCUGGUCUAUUUACUGCCUGGAACGAUACCUGUCGCAGGCACUAGGGAUCCCAUUGGGGAUCCGCGACGAUGAUAUCGAUGUAUGCUACCCGGGUGACGAACGACAUGUUAGAACUACCGCAGCAUCCACGCAACCCGAUGACCAUCGAUUGCGUCUAUUAUCUCACCUCGCAAAGUUUGCCAGGAUCCGGGGAUUGAUCCUAGAACUGCGCAACAAGUCUAUCCUCCAUAGUCAUGCCGGUACUGUCGAGGCAUCACAUGUUAACGGCGAGCUGUCCCAGUGGUGGAACGAAGUCUACGAUGAUGUAAAUAUCAUCGAGGAGGAGCAUACGGAGCCGGGGCAGAAUCCGAAUUUGAGUCCGUAUCAUCGCUUACUGCUCAUGAUCUUGAGACACGAGGCUAUUAUCUCGAUGAAUCGACCCCUACUCGCUGCCGAGAAACCCAGUUCAGAAUACAAAAACGCUUUGCAAACCUGCAUUGCUUCCUCGCGGACACUACUAGCAGCUCUGAAGAAAUACAUGUCUUCUUCAUCUGAUGCGCCCCUCACAUGGCCGUCCUUUACAUGGACAACCUGGAUGGCGUGUUUGAUACUGAUGUAUGCUUCGUGGGAAGGUGAGCUUGCCACAAACACAGCAUUGAAAUACGCCAGAAUGGGUGUCAGUAUCUUGGAGAAUCUGGCCUUGCGCGGGAGUAGCUGGCCCGAGACUUGCAUUGAAGCAAUCAAAGGCAUGGAGUCGGCCUUGACCAAUACAAAUUCAUCCAGGUUGGAGGUUCCGGGCCAUGUUUCUCACCAAUCCCAGACUGGCCCCAACGACCAAUUCGCGAAGACCCCCAAUAAAUCCUCUACAGACGACAGGUAUCACUCCAACCCUCGGUCUCCCCAACGUGAUAGAGGUCCUACAAGCAGGCAGCAAGGCGACCCUUCCACCUCGGGAACGCAGCAUUUGGAUCCGCCAUUCGGCUCCUCUGCAGUCCAGGCCAUCGACACCGGCGACACAUCGAUUCUUUCUUCAUAUGAUGCACAGGGGCAGGCCGAUGUCUCAGCGAACGGUAUUUAUGCGGCCGGAGAAUCAUCGGCGGGCCUCAUUUUUGGUAAUGCGGCCAAUGCAAAUGCCCCCUUUUAUCCUGGAAUUGCAGGACAGGAUUCCUUUCCGUUUUCAGAUCCAUCGUCCCUGUUCAUGAGUGAUAUAUGGAAUGUGGCUGAUGGGCCUUGGAUGAUCCAUGGGAAUCUGCUAUAG